AGCCUCGCGCGCUCACCUGCGCGCGCCCAGCCUCCUCCAGGUGGGAGCUGCACGUCGACCACCGCUCGUCCUCACUUCCCACUCCGCGGUCCGCCGGACCGUCCACGCAAAAAGCCUGCACUGACAGUCGUGGGAGAAGUUCGUCCAGCCUCUAUCCGAACAGAACGGACCUGUCCCCGGCGCGUACAAACAAACCCAAAACUCCAGUCGCUUCCUGAAGUGUUUUUUUUCUCGCGGAAAUGGUUCACCUGAAGUUUUCCUUCCGACGGUGAACGUUUAGAGUCUGAGAGGAAGGACGCAGCUGGGAGACGCUUCUAAUGGAGAGAGGGUGAACCAAUUCUUCUGGGUCAUAAAAGUUCGUCAAGGGCGUAGCUCCACUGUGAGUUGGUAUGUCAAACCGUGACUCCAUGGGGUUCGGGGACCUGAUUCCCCAGGACGUGGUUGAUAUUUUCGCCGAGGAGAAGCACGGCAAAAGGGGCCGGAAGCAGCGCAGUCGCUCCCUGGGCCGGGCGCUGGUCUGGCUGAAGGGCAAGAAGAGGAAGGAUCUUGAAUCUAAGGGGCUAGGCCUGGGUCUAGGUCCUGCCCUUGACUUAUCUUUGGAUGGGCACCCUGCUGGGCAUCAGGGAGGACACAAGGGAGGACCGAAGUCAGGAAAACACACUCAUUCACAAGCUGUCCCAAAGCGAGAUGACGAUGACAAGACCCCGGCACCCCCGCUGUUCCAGGAGAACGUGUUCAUUGAGGGCAGCAGGACCAAGGAUCUGGAGAACCUUCACUCUGAGGCCAAGGAGGGAUUGAAAAUGAUGCAGCAGGAAGAAACCAACAAUGAAAUGGAGUUCCAGGACAAUAUAAGCACAAUUUCGACAACAACGGUCCACACAGACGGGGAAGGUGGAGGGUUUAUGUCGGACAGCACCCUUGCUGACACGUCUUCUGUUCGCUCUGUACAAUCAUCUGUGUCCAAAAGAUCUUCUCGCUCCGGACUCACCAGACAAGAAUCAACAUUCAGACCCUUGAACUCUGACAAAAAGACCAAGACAAAGAGAAAACACAGGAAGACUGUUGGGGGAAUCCCACAGCAUGUAAAGAGAGAGCUGGGCCUCGACAGAGUUGGUUGGUCUCUGACUCAGAGGUUGGAUCAGGAGCAAUGCUAUAAUGGUGAAACUGACGAAAGCUCAACCACUGAUGGGCCACAGCAAAGGGGGGCCAGUACCAGCCUCACCAAAGACCAGCUCAAGCAGCUUGGUGGCCAUGCUGGUCAUGGGGAUGACCAGGCCCUGCUGCACCGCCGCUUGUCAGGCGGGCUGAGUCCUCUGACCCUGGCCGUUCCUUGGAUGACCACUGCCAACAGCCUCCAGACGGAGCCGCCUAACCCCGUCAUAUCUAUGUCACCCCAGGCCGCCUACCUGUCCAAAAUCAUUCCCAACGCUGUGUUGCCACCCUCCAUCGAGGUGGUGGAAAUAAGCCGUGGCCGGAGUCGCAACAGCGUCCGCACCCUCAGCAAGAGCAGCUUGAUGCUGUCCAGCCCCUCCCCCUCCCCCUCCCGUGCUUCCUCUAGAGCCUCUUCCUCCACCAUCACCUCCGCCUCCCGCUACAACCCUCUCAACGUGUCUGACAGUUCCUGUUGGAGCAACUCCGAGUCCUCAGAUACCUUGGUGUCUGACUCCUCCACCAUCUCCAGGAGCAGCACCCCGAGACAGAGGUCACAGAACGAACAUGCCUCUGCGAAAGAGGAAACAAACAGUGUUCACUCCUCUAUCAGCAAAGUACCAAAAUGCACAUCCAAUGGCAAGCCCAUUAUUAAGGGGGAGGGGGUUAAAGAAGAGGCGCCGCUUGGUCGUUGCCUCUCUGUCAUGAAACCCAAGAGGGCUCCUCCUCCUCCGAGCCGCUCCUAUUCCCUUCACAAUAAGAUGAAGCGACGGUCACGUGACCUGGCAGAUUUACGGGUCAAAGCAAUAGAAUCAGCCUCUGGCGACGAAAACGAAUCGGGAUAUUCUCCCGUGCCCUCCAGCACCGUAGACAGCCCUGGAUACAACGCUGACACCAGCUCUCUGGACGACUCUACAGCUUCCGUAUCGUUCAGUCCCAUCAGAUCCCUGGUCGCGGCCCAGAAGGCAGAGAGAGCCGUUUCCAAAGAUGCUUCACAAGAGAAGCAGAAGCCACUUCACGAGAAUAAGGUCCGAAUAAUAUCCCCGUCCAGCGGCUACUCCAGCCAAGAUGGCGCAUCAUCACAGGUUACGAAACAGCCCCACAAGAGGGGCAUCUUAGCCAAGCUUCAACGGUUUUUCCCAGGCUCCAGUCCUGCUGCUUCAACUGCAUCCCUUCUCAAACCCGACACCUCAGUCGACAUGGUCAACACGAGUCCUUCUGUAAGGGCCUUGAGGGAACUCUUCAACAUCCCUCCACCGCCUAAAGUCCGUGCACCUCCCCCCCCUCCUCCAGAGGUCUGGGCCCACAGCAAGCGCUCCUUUGAGCUGCUGCUGGGACCUCCGGCACCUGAUAACCUUUAUGCUAUCAUAAAGAAGAAUCCAAAGGACAGGAGACAACAGAGGCCGUCUCCGUCUGCAUCUACAGACGGCUCUGUGAAGAGCUUAGUGAUGGAAAGACAGCACAAGAAUCCAGCUGCGACAGUGGAAUCGGUUAAUAGAUCCUCAAAUGUGCUCGAGACAAGGAAAGGUCAAGAAAGUGGGAUUGUGAGUGCUGAGAUUCACAAAGAGAACCGAUUGGCUGAGCAGAACGUCGAUUUGAAAGGAAACAGUAAAGUGAAAGAAAACGUUGGGAGAGCAAGUGACAUAAUAUCUGGGAUGUUGGUGAGGGCCGUCGAGAAACGAGAAGGAAGGCUGGAAGCAGUGAGAGAAGAAGAAGAAGUCAAGAAGACGUCCACGCAAACAUCAGAUACGUUAGCCGCCAUUUCAUUAGCGCGCAUCCUCCCGCCUCCCGCGUCUCCUCUGGUGCACCAUCCUCCCCAACAGACCACGGUUGCGAUGUCCCCCGAGUCGUCCUGGCCCCCACCACCUCCACCACUGGCGGGCCUCAGUGGGCCGGAUGCGGUUGAUUUCCCUCUUCCACCUCCCCCGAUGUUCGGCGAGGUGGCGUUCGUCGUCCCCGUCCAGGUGCCACACAAGAGGUCCGUUCCUGAUCGUGACUCCUCUUCCACAACUACGCCCGUUGUCACGGUGGUAAUAACUGCGACUGAACCACAGAAGCCCGGUCCAUCCCUGAGUAUCCCACCUCCCCCACCAUAUAUGGCUCCCCCCCCACCAGUGAAUGCAGUCUCACCUCCACCACCUGAAGAGGCGGCGGCGGCGACUCCUCCACCACCGAAAAAAGAGACUCCUCCUCCACCACCUAAAGAGGUUUCUCCUCCACCACCACCCAAAGAGGCAUCUUCUCCUCCAGCACCUAAAAUUGUGCCUCCUCCUCCAGCACCUAAAGCGGUUUCUCCACCUCCUCCACCUAAACUGGUAUCUCCUCCUCCAGCACCUAAAAUGGCAUCUCCUCCACAACCUAAAGAGGUGUCUCCACCUCCACUACCUAAAGAGGUUUCUCCACCUCCACUACCUAAAGAGGUUUCUCCACCUCCACUACCUAAAGAGGUUUCUCCACCUCCACUACCUAAAGAAGUGUCUCCACCUCCACUACCUAAAGAGGUUUCUCCACCUCCACUACCUAAAGAGGUUUCUCCUCCACCAUCUAAAGAGGUGUCUCCCGUGAGGCUCAACGAGUCCUCUCCUCCACAUGUUAAAGAUGUGUCCAUUGCGGUGUUAUCUCCGUCACCAGUUGUGGAGAUCUCUCCUCCGCUGGUUAUCAAGGUUUCCCCUCAGCCUCCUCCAGAGGGCUCCACCCGGUCCACUGAAGAGGUUUCUUUUAAGUCGACUCAAGAGGAUGCCUGUGAAUCCUCUGAAAGGGUUAGCAAGCUUACUCCACCACAAAGUAUUCCACCUCCACCACCCAAGUCAGAGCAGGACAUGGAUCUUCCACGAGAGAGCAUCCCAUUCCAAUCUGAAACCAGCCCAGUUCCAUCUGACAUUAUUCUCACUCCGCCUCAGAGUAUCCCCCCUGAGCCUCUCGUACAGCUUCUCCUCCAACCUCAGGUGGCAGCCCAGAACGCAGAUGGUGCAGCCACCCACGAGACCCCACCUUCGCCACCACCCAAAGACUCUAUCCCACCAGCUCUUGAAAAAUCUCCCGGUCUCGAAAUGGCUGAAGCACCUGCUCCUCCACCUGUAAACAUCCCGUUACCUGUGCAGGAUCUUGCCAGCAUUAAGCACCCGUCUAGUCCCACAAGCACCGAAAACCAAGUCCCAGAACUGAUGUCUGACCCCGUUGUAGAGGAGGAACCCACUCCUAUUUUAACCCCUCCACCCAAUAGCAGCCCUGAGACUCCUGAAGCUCAGAAGCAACCAGAGGUGGAGGUCACGAUGAGGAAGCAGCAACCUGGCAAUCCGGUCACAACCUCCUCUGCCAGCGGUGAUGCUCCUCAGAAGCCCAUCAGGAAGUCUCUGAUCAUCAUCUCACCCGCACCGCCACCACCUGCCGUUGUCGCUGCACAACCAGCUCUGCCAAAGUCCGUUUCGGUUCCACCUGUAUCUUCAUCUACAGUCGUCGCGCCUACGAAAAAGUCUCCUCCCGCCACGACGGCCUCCCCUUCCAUGAACCUGCAGGAGGCCAUCCGUCUGAGGACUGCAGCCAGAUCACAAGCCGGCCCCCACUCUCGCCUGAGCUUGAACUCUCCAAACUCACCAGUCGACAUCCGCAAGUCUCCCUCCAGCAUGGCAAGCUUUAUCUUCUCCAAGAGCAACAAGAAGGUGGUGAUUGAGACCAGGCCAGCACUGGAAACCAUGGCGACCGGAGAUACACAUCUUGAGGUUUCCUCUGUAACAAAGGGAGUCAAGGUGCCACCACCUGUUGCAAAGAAACCUAAAACUAAGAGUAAAGCGAUUGAAACCGGUGAAGGGACGGAGCAAACUGCAGGACAGGAAGCGCUGCAAGAGAGUAUCAUGGAUGCUGCAGAGAAAAGAAAUGGGACAGCAGGUACUGUUGGAGGAACGCCAUCGACAUGAUGCUGAAGACUGAAGGACACCCGGGGAAGGACUUACCAACAACACUGAAAUUGCUGCAAGUUGGCGAUUGUGAGACAAAAAAACUGGAUGAGGAUAGAUGAGAUGCUUAUUUUUAAAGAUUGCAUUUUGAAAAUCCUUUGACUUUAAUGGUGUGGGUCUUAAUUUUCUCAAAUAUUCAUUUUACGAAGAGUGAAUACAGCAUAUUUUCUGUUGCCAGAGGGUCCUCUGAGCAUUUGCAUUGAAAGAGAAGGGAAUCCAUCGCCCUCUAGUGUCAGAUACUGGCUGUACCACUUAUGUCCUGCUGAAUCAGAUAUUUAGUCAGUACUUGUAACAAUGGGACUUUUGGGCGUUCGUCUGUAAAUAUGGCACGAUUUUGUACAUGUAACAUAUCCAGGAAUGUUGAAUCUGUGCUAAAGUGUACUGUAUUUUCUCCCAUAAGAGUUUCCACGCCAAUUAUAUUUGUUCAAAAAUAUUAAUUAUCUUAAGUUAUUUUUCCUGUUCAGAGGGUCUCUACGCACAAUGUCUUCUUUGCAAUGUUGUUACACCCCAAGAUCAUUUAAAUCAAGUUGUCCGGCUCUAAAUCUUUUCCACAUGUAUGUUCAUGAAACUCAUAAUCUUUGAUGAUUAAGCUCUGUGCGUGAUCAUUAAUGUCAAACGAUGAGCAGACUUGUGACGCAAUACAAGUCGUUAUUAUUUAGCUGCUUUUAGUUAAGGCAUGGCCUUUCCACAGUUAUUGCUCAAACAGUGGGAUAUGUGUAAAACUAUAAUAUAUAGUUCAAACUGGUUUCAGACACUGUAAUGUAAUACAUCAUUUAUAAUGGAAAGAAUAAAGAUUUAUGGACAGAU